CUUCCCCUCCACCAACACAAACAGCAUAACACGGAUUGUUGGUUGUGCUGCGCGUGUCAUCAUGUAUAUUCUCGAGCAACUGGCGCGUCUGCUGGACCGCCCACUGUUCCCUUGGAAGAAUGUCCUCGUGGGGUUCUCCCUGGGCCAGUUUAUCCUGGAGGGACUUCUGUCGUUCCGGCAGUUUAAGGUCCUGCAGCGCACCAAGCCCCCGCAGGUGUUGAAGGAGGAGGUGUCGCAGGAAGUCUUCGAUCGCAGUCAGGCGUACGGUCGCGCCAAAGCCAAGUUCAGUUUCUUCUCCGGUCUCUACGCGCAAGUCCAGAACCUCGCGUUCAUCUACGGUGACUUUCUCCCCAAGCUCUGGGGCGCCAGCGGGUUCUUCCUAGCGACGUAUCUCCCUACUCGGUUCCAAGGCGAAAUCACGCAGACGCUUCUGUUCGUUUUCGGAUUCAACAUUAUCUCUACGGUCUUGUCUCUCCCCGUCUCGUACUACAGCACCUUCGUCCUCGAGGAGAAGUUCGGCUUCAACAAGCAGACGCCGAAGCUCUGGGUUACGGAUAUGAUCAAGGGCCAGUUUCUGGGUAUCGUUCUGGGCACGCCUAUCAUCAGUGCGGUGCUCAAGAUCGUCCAGAAAACCGGCAACUCGUUCUUCUACUACCUCUGGCUCUUCGGUGUGUUCGUGCAAGUCUUCGCCAUCACCAUCUACCCGAUCGUUAUCCUGCCCAUGUUCAACAAACUGUCGCCUCUCGAACCCGGUGCGCUCAAGUCGGGCGUGGAGAAACUGGCCAAGAAACUGGAUUUCCCGCUGCAGGAGCUGCACGUCAUCGACGGCAGCAAGCGCAGCGCCCACAGCAACGCCUACUUCUACGGACUCCCCUGGAAGAAGCACAUCGUCCUCUAUGAUACCUUGAUUGAGAAGAGCGAGCCCGAGGAGGUCGUCGCCGUCCUGAGUCACGAGCUGGGUCAUUGGAGCCUGAGCCACACCACCAAGCUGUUUGGUAUUGCGCAGUCCCACAUGUUCUACAUCUUCGCCCUGUUCUCGGUGUUUGUCAACAACCGGUCGUUGUACGAGUCGUUUGGCUUCUACAACGAGAUGCCCAUCAUGGUUGGAUUCUUGCUUUUCUCGGAUGCUCUGGCUCCGAUGGAUGCGGUUGUCAAGCUUUUGAUGAACAUUCUCAGCCGUCGCUUUGAAUUCCAAGCUGAUGCCUUCGCGGUGCAGCUGGGCUACUCCAAGGAGCUCGCCUCGUCGCUGCUCAAACUGCAGAUCCAGAACCUGAGCACCAUGGAUGCCGACUGGAUGUACGCCAGCUAUCACUACUCGCACCCUAUCCUGUCGGAGCGACUCAAGGCGCUGGGCUGGUCGGGCGGCAAGGUCACUGGCGGUGUGACCGAGGAUAGCGAGAAGCCGGUCAAGGCCAGUGAUCGCGAGCUGUAAGGUCAUGAUUGACGUGGUCGUUUCAACAUGAAUGGGGAGUUUGAGCACGAAUAUGAUAUCUGGUGUAUUUUAUAGAAUGAUACUCAACAUCAGAA